AGCGAAAGGCGAAAGGAUUACGAUUAGGGAAGAGCAGAGCAGCGAACAAACACAGCGGAAGGGAAAAAGAAAAAAGAAAGAAGGAAAACAGAGUACUCUGAUCUCCUCCCGUCCGACGAUUCCCCCAAAUUUCCAUUCUUUUUCGAUCGAUCCGCCUCCCACAAUGCAUAAUCUUGUGUCAAAUUGUUUGAUCCCCUGAUUCCGCCAAAUUUGCGCUAUCUUUUGGUGGUAAAUCUCGUUCAGUGGAGGUGGAGCUGUUGGGACAGUGAAGCAAUGCUGGCGACCAUGGAGGGCAGGAUGAAUGGUGGAUGCCAGCAUAAUUUCGGGGAGAUCAGUGAGGAGGAGCUGGCCGUGCUCCCUCGGCACACCAAGGUCAUCGUCACCGGCAACAACCGGACCAAAUCGGUUCUCGUCGGUCUCCAGGGGGUCGUCAAGAAGGCUGUGGGCCUUGGAGGUUGGCAUUGGCUGGUUUUGACAAAUGGGAUUGAAGUGAAGCUGCAACGUAAUGCACUUAGUGUUAUUGAAGCCCCUACAGGCAAUGAGGAAGACAAUGAAGUUGACUGUAACAAUACACACUGUAAUGGAUCAGCUUCUGGCUCUAUACAAUUACAAAAAACUCAAAGCUUUAGGAGCAGGCACCAUAAAGGAUCUUCUGAUAAAUCCUGGAGCAGGUCUCACUCUUGUGAUUCCCAGUCCAAGGGAUCUGUUUCCUCAUCCACGAUUAGCACAAAAGUUGACCUGAGCAAGUUAGAAACAACAGCACUGCAGAGAUAUUAUAGAUACUUUAAUCUAAUGGAUGAUAAUCCUAAUCCCUCCAAAGAGCAGUUGAUUGAAGUUGUUCAAAGGCAUUUUGUGUCGCAGCAAUUGGAUGAAGUGCAGGUAAUUGCUGGGUUCAUGCAAGCCGCAAAGAGGCUAAAGACCGUCUGCAGUUGAAUGUGGGUGACUUGUCGGGAAGCUAGCAGACUGGUGGCCUUCAUUAUGAAUCAGUCGCUAUUGGAUAGGCUGGAAACUAUAAUUGUACUGCAAGGAGCUUUGGCAACUGAAUGCGUAUAUCAGUUCGAAAUUCGUACUAUUCCAUUUACAAGAAAUGCCAUGUAAGUUAUGUGAAUCACGAGUCUAUAUGGAGCUCAUUAAGCUAAUUUAAUGGGAGAUGAUGAUGUUUUAACCUAAUAGUUGAGUUACUGUGUGUUCCAAAUGCUCUACAAAAUGGUGAUGAUAGGAUGCUUUGGUCUUAAUUAAUUACAUAGCCAGCUUUGUCUGUUCUAUUA